UAAUGCACAUUCCCUGGGCGAUACUCUUCCCUACCAGAGACCUUUUCCAAGCCCGUGACCUACACAAGCAAUAAAUUAGUUAUGCCUAAUCUGCUGAAAGCUAUUGUUGCAUUCUCAACAAAUAAACACAUUUUUUUUUCAAUUCAAAAAUAAAAUCACUUAAAUAAUUCAGCCAAGCGACUUGUUAAUUUUAGGUUAUAUUGUUAUAUUUAAUGGUCGAGAUUUACUAUUUCUUUCUUCAACGUUUUGUGUUUCUUUCAAUCCCUUUUUUUUUUUUUAAACUAAAUGAGAAUUUAUAAAUGAUUUUAUGGAUCAGUAAAAUAAAUGGAUCAGUAAAAUAAGUAAAGCUACUCCCAGAGUUCCCCUACUUAACUAACUAGAGGCCAGAGGGAGUAUUUUAUUUUCAACUAACUGGCACAACCACCCCCUCUCUCUCAAAGCAGAAGUCACUUUCUCUCUUCCAUUCUCCCUGAAAAAGCCAUGAAGAAUCUCAAACGAGGAGGGCUUGCCUGUUUUUUUGUUAUUGUUUCCAUCUGCUUCUCCAUCUAUCCACCUGGAUUCCCACCUUUUCAGGGAUCAUUUCAAGCUUAUGCUCAAGAAGCUGGAUUUUUUGGCGAAGUCUUUCACGUUCCUGAGGCUUUUGAUCCUGAUUAUGAGGAAAUGGAGAGGAAAUUCAAGAUCUUCGUGUAUCCACAUAAUACUAGUUCCUGUAGUAAUCCAAGGACGCUUGAUGGCGAGUAUGGGAAUGAAGGAUUGUUCUAUCUGAAUCUCAAUCUGAGUCGCUUCUUGACCAAAGAUCCUGAGAAGGCUCACCUCUUCCUCAUUCCUAUUUCUUGCCAUUCACUGCCUGCAGGGAGAUCAGAGGAUGAAAGGGCUCUUGCUGUUGAGGAUUUUGUCAAGAGCCUCAUUUCCAAGUACCCUUAUUGGAACAGAACUUUAGGUGCCGAUCACUUCUUCGUAACUUGCGCAGACAUUAAUGUGACUGCUACUGCACGAAUUGCUAAUCUUAUGAAGAACUCAAUUAAAGUCAUGUGUACUCCAAGUUAUAAUGAUGAAUAUGUUCCUCAUAAGGAUGUUUCCCUCCCACAACGCGUGCCGCCACUUGCUCUUACUCCUGCUGGAAAUAACUUAACGAACAGGAUUACUCUAGCUUUCUGGAGAGGUCUCAAUAAUUCUGAUAUAAGACAGAAGCUGCUUGAGGCUUGGGAGAAUGAUUUAGAACUUUUCAUACAGAAAGGAAGGAAACCUAGUUUAGAACAAGGAGAUUUGGUGCACCAUGAGGCUUUCAAUAACUCUAAGUAUUGCAUUUGUCCUGGAGGCCCAGAGCUCGAUCGUACUAUAGCAUUAGCAAUUCAUUAUGGAUGUGUUCCAGUUAUCAUGUCUGACUACUAUGAUUUACCAUUCAAAGACAUUCUUGACUGGAGGAAAUUCUCCAUAAUACUCGAGGAAAGUCAAGUCUAUUACCUAAGGGAACACCUUAAGGAGAUGUUAGAGCAUGAAUAUCGAGCCAUGCAGACCAACACCGUCAUGGUCCGGAAGCACUUUCAGUGGAAUCUAGUUCCAGCCAAAUAUGACGCGUUUCAUAUGACGAUGUAUGACUUGUGGCUGCGCAACCAUUUUACCAAGUAUUACUGACUGAGUUGCUGCAACUUUCGCUCCAUAAAGAUGAACCUUAAUUCUCUCUCCACUCAAUUUCUCAAAUACUGACAUAUAUGUGAUGUAUAUCACUCAAAUUGCUUCUGUAUUUCUCAAAUAUUGACAUAUGAUAUGCCACUGUUGCUACUUUUCAAAUCGGUGUCAGAUAAGUUUUUCUCUCAAAAUAUUGUUCUUGUAUCCACACGUCAGAAAGUGGUAUCCACCAAGGUGAAAUUCAGUAGUUUUGAUGAAAUCUUGAACGUUCCCUGAGGCUUUCGGUCCAUAUUAUGAGGAAAUGGAGAGGAACUUCAAGAUGAACGAACCUUUGCAUUUCCAACGGAAUCUUCCUCCAGUCAAACUUGAUGCAUUUCAUAUGACCAUGUAUGACAGAGUUUGCUGAAACUUUCGUGCCACAAAGAUGAACCUUUGCCUUUUCAAUUCUCAGAAAAGUGUUGUGUACGUAUAACUCAAAUUUCUUCUAUAGUUCUAAGGUGCUGUGUAUAAUUCUAAGGUUUCUAUGUAUGCCUGCCACAGUCACUACUUUUAUCGUGAAACUUGUAUUCCUGCCUUGCAAGAUUCUUGUUUUCUUUGCAAAGUAUUAAAUAAAAUAUUUAAUUUUAUAAUAA